AUGGCAAGAAAAAGAUGGGCAUUUUUAGUUGUUCUAUGGAUGACUUUACAGAUUAGCCUAGCUGAUACACGCAAACGGGGGAUUUCUAUACUACUUUCCAUACCUUUUUCAAGUUCUUAUGAUAACACUAAGCAAAAUAAUGGAAGAGAGGGACAUAGUGUUCCACCUCUAUCCCCUAAGGCUGAGCAUGCAGUGACAGUUCAUGAAGAAUAUGCAUAUAGCUUAUCUCAUCCACCUGAUGAGAUGGCUGCAGUGAAGUUGGGUAGUUGCAAUGUUGGUUGUGGUUAUGAAGUUGGUUGGGGAGGGGAAUUUGGGGGUAGAGGCCGAGGUGGAUAUUGGGGUGGAGGCGGCAGAGGCGGAGGCGGGGGCGGCGGUGGGGGUGGGGGUGGGGGUGGGGGUGGGGGUGGGGGGGGAGGUGCGGGUGGAUUUGGAGGUGGGGGUGGAGGUGGAGGCGGAGGGGGAGGCGGGGGAGGUGGAUUUGGGGGUGGCGGUGGAGGCGGCGGAGGAGGUGCGGGUGGAUUUGGGGUUGGGGGCGGGGGCUGGGGCGGCGGCGGAGGUGGAGGCGGUGGAGGAGGUGCGGGUGGAUUUGGGGGUGGCGGCGGAGGUGGGGGUGGAGGAGGUGCAGGUGGAUUUGGGGGCGGGGGCGGGGGCGGGGGCGGGGGUGGCGGGGGAGGUAAAUUUGGGGGUGGAGGAGGUGGCGGCGGCGGAGGUGGAGGAGGUGGCGGCGAAGGUGGAUUUGGAGGUGCAAGCAGUGUGGGAGGUGGACUCGGUGGAGGAGGUGUAGGCGGCGGAGGUGGGGGUGGAGGCGGUGGAGGAGGUGCGGGUGGAUUUGGGGGCGGAGGUGGUGGAGGAGGUGCAGGUGGAUUUGGGGGCGGGGGCGGAGGCGGCGAGGGAGGUGGAUUUGGGGGUGGACGAGGUGGCGGCGGCGGAGGUGGAGGAAGUGGCGGCGAAGGUGGAUUUGGAGGUGCAAGCACUGUUGGAGGUGGAUUUGGGGGUGGCGCAGAUGGCGGCGGCGGAGGUGGCGGCAACAGCGACGGUGGAGGAGGUGGCGGCGAAGGUGGAUUUGGAGGUGCAAGCAGUGUGGGAGGUGGACUCAGUGGAGGAGGUGGCGAAGGCGGAUUUGGAGGUGUAGGCGGCGGAGGUGGGGGUGGAGGCGGUGGAGGAGGUGCGGGUGGAUUUGGGGGGGGCGGCGGAGGUGGGGGUGGAGGCGGUGCGGGUGGAUUUGGGGGCGGAGGUGGAGGUGGAGGUGGCGGCGGCGAAGGUGAAUUUGGGGGUGGAGGAGGUGGCGGCGAAGGUGGAUUUGGAGGUGCAAGCAGUGUAGGAGGUGGAUUUGGGGGUGGAGGAGAUGGCGGUGGCCGAGGUGGUGAAGGCGGAUUUGGAGGUGUAGGCGGCGUGGAAGGUGGAUUUCGUGGUAGCAGUGAGGGAGGUGGAGUCGGAGGCGGAGACGGCGGUGGAGGUGGACUUGGUGGCGGCGGCGGCGGUGGACUUGGGGGUGGUGGAGGCGGCCGCGGAGGGGGAGGUGGAGUUGGGAGUGACGGCGGCGGCAGUGGGAGCGGGGGAGGCGGAUUUAGUGGUGGCGGCGGCGCAAGAGGAGCUGGCGGAGGAGGUGGGGGUGUUAUUCCACCAACUAAUAAGUUCCCAUUUCCCAUGUUCCCAAGGUUUCCCUUUUAUUGGUGGUGGAAACCACCACCUCCAAAAAUCAAUUCUCCUCCAGGAUAUGCUAAUUUGGUUGAAGAUACACAUACUAUCAAGGAUGCUUCUCACAGAAUAAGAACAAAUGCACUACCUUCCCAUAAACCAUAA